GCUUCGGGAAUUGGGAGUUGGUGUAACAUGGACUGGUUUACCAAGGCACGGGCACUCUGUAUAAAAGUGUGCCUAAGAAAAAAUGGGGGUCCAACCAUCCAAACUUCACUCGAUCGAAUCGAGUAUAAAGUAGAAGUGCAUUUUUCAUUUGACCUAGAUCGCCCCUACAAGUUGUACAACCACUCAAGGCGGCGCUGAUACUUGCAUCCAUAACCUCUUCCAUUAAAGAUCUGAUCUUUUUCAUCAUCCACUAGCACCACCUUCAAUAGAUCCAGAUUUAUUUCCUUCUUUGUAAACCCCUAACUUUUCCUAACCUAACUUUGCUCUCUCCGCAAUAUAAAUUCCUAACUCUUCAAACCCUAAAACUUCUCAGUGUGAAUCCGCUUUCGUUGACGGGAAAUCUCUGUGUAAAUCCGUCUUUAGUAUUGGGGAAUUUACCGAUCAAACAAAAAAAAAAAAAAAAAAAAAUGGUGAAUCGUCUCCCAACAGAUAUUGUACUCGACAUUAUCACUCGACUACCAACUGAAUCCAUUCUUGAUUGCAAAUUAGUUUGCAGAUCAUGGAGGAAUUUGGUUUCUCAUCAUCCAUCGUUCGCUCAAAUGCAUCUAGCUCGUUUACAUGGUCAUGAUUCUGGUAAGUUAAGUUUUCUUGCGGUAGUUUAUAAGGGGCGUACACUAGAAAAUCUCCUUCACUAUUUUGAGUAUAAUGAGAAUACUGAUCAUGAGACAACUAUCCAUAACACUAGAAGGAUGAAUUCAACCCUUCCGUUUCCGUUUAGAUUUUCUCAUUUCCGCAUAAUGGGUUCGUUUAAUGGUUUAGUCUGUCUAUUUGGAUGGCAAGAUAAUGUUUAUUUUAUAUGUAACCCCAUGACUAAAGAAUAUGUUAUGUUUCCGAAUUAUAUCAGUGAUAAGUUUAGUACUCGUGGGAAGGGAUUUGGUUACCUUAACUCAACUAAUGAGUAUAAAGUGGUUGAAUUUUAUGAGGAACUUAAUUUUAUUAAGGCUGCCGUAUACACCCUCGGCAGCGGCAAAGGGUGGAGAAAUGUUGGGCAGUGGGAUUCUAUGCUUUGCAACGUUAAAUCUUCUUGUGGUGCGUUUGCAAAUGGAGCAAUUUAUUGGAUGGAUUGUAAAGAAAGAAAGCUUUUUGUUUUUGAUUUGGUUGAGGAAAAAUUCCGUGAACAUGUUGCACUACCUCCUCACCCACAACUGGGGUCUCAUUACACCCCGCUUUGCUUUAUUGGGGAUCUGGGAGGGGUUUUAUAUUAUUAUGCUGGAACAUUCUACAAUGAAAUCACCAAUUUCAGAAGUUAUGAGAUAUGGCUACUGAAAAAGAAGAACAAUAUUCCUGUCAUGAAAAAGCAGGUGGAACAUGAGCCAUUUGGUUGGAGUAAGUUUAGUCUUCCCCAAAGUAAACACCCAUUUGCCUCUACCACAUACCCAUUAACCUUUACCAAGAGUGGCAGUGUUUUAAGUUACUGUCAAUACACUCUGGAUAUUUACAAUGCAGUAGCUUCAACCUCCAAACAGCUUGUGGGUUUUGCUGGUACUGGUAUUAUAUUAUGUAAUAUAGUUCCUCACAAGAAUACCUUCAUUUCGUUGAAAGAAUUAGGAGAAGAAGAUGUCAAAACAAUGGAGUCAGCUGAAAUUGAAGAGGCAAAAGCCGUGACUUGACAUCAAAGCAGCUUUCAAGAUGAAAUCCCUGAUAUGUUUGGUGAUGAUGAGCCAAUGACACUCGUGUGCCUA